AUGGCAAACGAGCAGCUUGUUAUUCUAAACAAAAAGAAGGGUACUAUCAAGGGUCAAAUAGCUAAUUUUAAAAACUUUUUGGCCAAAUAUCGUGAAGAAGAACCGGAUGCAAUAAAAUUAGGUUUGCAUUUGCAAAGAUUAAAAAAUACUUCUAAAAAGUUUGACGAUAUACAGGAUCAAAUCGAGUUGUUAGACACAGAGACACCCCAUAUCGAUCUUGGCCUCGACCGUUAUGCCAUUCAGGAUGAUUAUCUUUUAGCAUCAACGCAACCAGCAGAUCAAUCUACAGGUACUAUAGAUCGUACUUUGGACAUUCAACAGACAAAGCGCAGGGUAAAGUUGCCACUGGCUACAUUGCCAACCUUUAGCGGUCGUUAUGAAGAGUGGCUUGCUUUCAGGGGUUCCUUUACAUCCUUGAUACAUGAUCAAACGGAUUUAACUAAUGUAGAAAAACUCCAAUAUUUAAAAUCAGCACUUAAAGCUGAUGCAGCACAAAAAAUAUCCGUUUUUUCGAUAACUGAAGAAAAUUAUAAUCGCGUGUGGCAACUCUUAGAAAAAACAUACCAAGACACACGUUUAAUCAUUUCCCGACAUCUUAGUUUAAUUCUGCGUCUGCCUGUCCAAGAAAAGCAAACCUCCGAAGUUUUAAUAAAGUUAUCUGAUGACACACAACAUCACAUGUUAUCACUAGCUUCAUUAGGCGUAAAGAUCUCAAAAGAAAUUCUAGUUCAAAACAUUGAUGAAAAAUUGCAUAAAACGACAUUAGAAAAAUGGGACAACACCCUAAAGCCAAACGAACUCCCUAGACUCGAUGAUAUGUUGGAAUUCUUAUACAGAACAGCCACUCGUUUAUCUCAGCGAGAAUCUCAGAAUAAAAAUCUCAGCAAAGACACAAGUAGCACACCAGCCAGUUUUGGAAGCCAAAGGAACACAAAAACAGCUUUCCUAACAUCGACUAUAUAA